UCUUACACGCAAUAUUUCCGCCGGGAACUCCCCUCCCCUAGAUAACGCUACCAUUAUAAACAAAGUCAAAUGAAUUCCACAACCUCCCCUUCGCGUUUUCUAUGAAUCUUCCAUUCGCAAAAUAUCUUAAUCGUAUUCAUGAAACAGCACAUCCGAUGUCGAUUGAUUCCCUAGAAUAACUGCUUUGCUCCAUCCUCGCGGCAUUUUGAUCCAUUUAUCGUCUCAAGUAUAUGCAACUGCAGAUCAACAAUAGAUAACAAACCACUUCACACGCCUGAGAGCUCAUUCUCUCCGGUUCAAUCCAGAAAAGGGUCCCUCGAUUUCACUCUCCUCAGUAAGGUUCUGUCCUCCAUUUCCCUCAUAAAUUUCCUUGUUUUUUUUCUGGUUUAGUUUGCCCCCACCAUACAUUGUAGAUCGAAGAAUUCUCCUAUAUUUAGCAGCUGAAAUUUGACCCAAAUGACUGAUUAAGAUCUGCUCAUAUCGGGGUAGUAUAUUUGUAGAAUUCAUCUAAAAGAGAAAACAUGUCUUCGAUUCGAUUUGAUGCAAGCAAACAAUUGUAUACGACGAGCAGUCUUGUAGUUGGUUAUGCUCUGUGCUCUAGCUUGCUUGCUGUGAUAAACAAGUACGCCAUAACCAAAUUCAACUACCCGGGUCUUUUAACCGCCUUGCAAUAUUUGACCUCUGCUUUGGGUGUUUGGGUUUUGGGCAAGUUUGGCUUUUUACAUCACGAUCCCUUCACUUUUGAUAUUGCCAAGAAGUUUUUACCUGCUGCAAGUGUUUUUUAUCUUGCCAUAUUUACAAACACUAAUCUUUUGCGGCAUGCCAAUGUUGAUACGUUUAUAGUGUUUAGAUCAUUGACACCACUUUUGGUUGCGAUAGCUGAUACAGCAUUUAGAAGGCAACCUUGGCCAUCAAAGCUUACAUUUUGUUCACUGUUGGUUAUUUUGAGUGGUGCUGUUGGGUAUGUGGCCACGGAUUCCGCUUUCACUUUGACUGCCUAUUCGUGGGCGUUUGCUUAUUUGGUGACAAUUACUACAGAGAUGGUCUAUAUUAAGCAUAUGGUCACCAAUCUUGGAUUGAACACUUGGGGUUUUGUGUUGUACAACAAUUUACUAUCAUUGAUGUUGUCACCUGUGUUUUGGUUUUUAACGGGGGAGUAUGGUGAUGUGUUUGCUGCUCUGGCUGCUAGCACUGGUGGUUGGUUUGACAAUGAAACUUUUUUCGCGGUUGCUUUGUCAUGUGUGUUUGGUUUGCUUAUUAGUUUUUUUGGAUUUGCGGCAAGGAAGGCAGUAUCUGCAACAGCAUUUACAGUGACUGGUGUGGUUAAUAAAUUCCUUACAGUUGUUAUCAAUGUGCUGAUUUGGGAUAAGCAUGCCAGUCCUUUUGGUUUGGUUUGUCUCCUCUUCACAGUUGCUGGAGGUGUUCUUUACCAGCAGUCAGUUACUGGAUCUGUCAGUGGUCCAUCACAACGCGAUCAAACCAUAUCUAAGCCAAUCAAUAAUGAAACUGUUGCUGAUGAUUUUGUUGAGAAUGAUCAAGGGAGGAGCAUACCUGGCAAACAUACUUCUGUAUGAAUAUUACUCAGUCCUUUUAUUAAUUCUUUAGCCAUUGGGAUGUAUGACGUUUUAUCUCGUCUGUCAGUUUUUAUAAUCUUUAGAUAUCAUUCCUGUGUUGGAUCUUCAAAAUUGUUAUUUUUCUAAAAUUGAAUUACUAUGUGCACCUGCUAUAUUUUUGACAAUUGAUAAUUUUACAAUGUUUUGGUUA